CUGAAGGUAGGACAUUAUGUCACUAACCAGACAGAGGUGGAAUUUCGAGCCGAAGAGGACAGUUGCGAUGGCGCCCGACGGACGUGUCAGGCUGUUGCAAUUGCAGUUGAAAGUGACGCCUGCGGCCUAUCCUCAUCUAUCCGAACUGGAAUUGCUGACACAAAAUCAACUGAUUUAGCCUCAAAGUCAUUAGCUAAUCAGAGAACAGGAAAAGUCCGUCUGGUGCUCAGGCCCAUGAUGUCUCUUGUGCUGCCCACUUUUGCCUUAAUUCGAUUGGCUAGUCAUUGGGUUCGACGGCUCAGGUGGAUUGGUCUAGACCCUCGCAGGACCAAGGCAGACCGCGAACGGAGGGGUAAGGAAAACAGGUAA